AUCUACUGAUUCUGUAGACCAUCUACUACUUUCCUGCCCAGCAGGCCCUAACAUGUCAACCCAGCAGGUCUAUGAUGCCUUCACUUCUCCAAGAGCGUCCUAUCUACUCUCAACUAUUGCUAGCGUCCUGCUUAAACGUAACUCUGCUGUCAGUAAGCUGCUUCGUGAUAAGGAGGUCUCGUAUACGAUUGAUACUGAUGAGUGA